CCUUCAGCUGUUCAGAUGUGUGUUGAAUUCGCAUGCUUAACUACGAAACCCCCCACAAAACCUGUACAUAAGAGUGUCUGAAACUGAGACGAAUUUGCGGAGAUAUUUCUGCAGUACUUCGGAAAAACGUUGUUGGGUUUGUGAGUGACCAAAACUGCAACAGAAAUGUCUCAGUUUGGGUUUGAGAACGAUAUCCACAACGUGCUUCGACUGGAUAUGCCCAUCACCAACGCCCCGAUGGCGAGAUGGCAGAGGAAAGCCAGCACCUCAAACUCCAGCAGCACUAAUUCCCACUCGCCCAACAAGAGCGUCAACAGAUCCGUGAGCCUUUCCAAAACCCCCAGUAAAACACCAGGGAAAAAUGGAAAGACCCAAAACACCCCCUCUAAGGCAGGAGGAGAUCGGUACAUCCCAACAAGAAAUAACAAGCAGUUGGAUGUCGCAAGUUUUCUUAUUUCUAAAGAGAACGAGCCGGUGGAAGAAAGUGAGCCCUCUACUGCGCCAAAUCAGAAGGCUUGGUCGAUGUCACUAAAUGGAUAUGACAUUGAGGAAGCAAAGAUUUUGCAUUUGGGAGGAAAACCACUUUACGCCCCAGAGGGUUAUCAGAAUAAUUUGAAGGUUCUCUACAGUCAGGUGCCCACACCAGUCUCUGUCAAGAAGAGCCGGUACAUUUCCUCUUAUCCCGAGCGGAUUCUAGAUGCCCCUGAUAUCAGAAAUGACUUCUACCUAAACCUUAUGGAUUGGGGAAGGCAGAACGUGUUGGCAGUUGGUCUUGCUAAUCAAGUGUAUUUGUGGGAUGCCGGUGAAGGAGACAUUGUGUUACUGAAGAAAAUGGAGGAUGAUAAUGAAUAUAUCUGUUCGGUCUCGUGGAGCAAAGAUGGCAAUUUCUUGGCUAUUGGAACCAGUGACUGUAAAGUUGAGUUAUGGGAUGUUCAGUACCAAAAGCGUCUCCGCAGCAUGGAUGGUCAUUCGGCAAGGGUAGGCUGCCUGAGUUGGAAUGAUCACAUCUUGUCCAGUGGCUCCAGGUCUGGAUUGAUUCAUCAGCAUGAUGUUCGGGUAGCAGACCACCACAUUUUUACCUUCGGCGGGCAUACUCAGGAAGUCUGUGGCCUUACCUGGUCUCCAGAUGGGAGAUAUUUAGCUAGUGGUGGUAAUGAUAACAUGGUGUACAUCUGGCCAAUGACAACAGGCUCAGAAAAUCAAGCCAUCCAUGCGCUCAGUGAACACCAGGGGGCAGUCAAGGCUUUGGCAUGGUGUCCUUGGCAGCCUAACAUUCUUGCAUCAGGAGGGGGCACCAGUGAUCGUCAUAUUCGCAUCUGGAAUGCGUGCAGUGGCUCUUGUAUCAGCUCCUUAGAUACUUGUUCACAGGUUUCUUCUCUUGUUUUUGCACCAAAUUACAAAGAGUUGGUGUCUGGCCAUGGCUUUGCACAUGACAAGGUUGUCAUCUGGAAAUACCCCUCAUUCGCCAAAGUUACAGAGCACGAAGGACAUGAAGCCAGAAUCCUCAAUUUGGCACUCAGUCCAGACGGUUCAACGCUGGCUUCUAUUGCAGCUGACGAAACCAUCAGACUUUGGAAGUGUUUUGAAAAGGAAAAGGAUGCUGCCAAGAAACCCAAGCAGGCUAGCGGCAGGAUCGUUCAACAAAGUAUCCGAUAAUUAUGAAACACUCAUUUUUAAUGCCUCCAGCAAACAGCAGUUGGGUAUGGUUCUUUUGAACACUGCCAAAUGUUCAUUAGAAACUCCCCUUUUGAUUUGGGUUUUCUAGGACUUGUUCAUGAACGCUGUGCCGUCAAGCUCUACACUAGGUUUUAUUGGAUGCCUUUCUUGUUUGCGUUUUCGGAGGCGUAAUGUUUUUAAAGGGAUGAGCACGGCUGCUAAAUGGAAUUGUUAGAACACCAUGUUCUUUGGAUGCUAAACCUUUUAGUGACUUUCAUACUGAGUUUUUGCAUAUUUAACCAUAAGCAAUCCCUAAAUUAUGUAUUUAAUGUAAGUUUUGCAAAUAAAGUUUAAGAGUAAUUGCGUCUGUCUUUUGAAA